GGCAACCUGGCAACUGGCAGUGGCAGUACGCAUAAUAAUUCAUAAUGGAGUUCAAAGUGUAUCAUAAUACUAUUAUAUUGAUAUUUUUAUUUAGACCAGAAAAUGUCUAUCCACAAACUUUGUCUUUGAAAUAUCUCGGCAACCAAUGAAGCAAAGAACCAAACAUCCCAAUUAUCUAGGCAGAUAUUGACGCUUGUUAUGAAGAAACUAAUUCCAAAUAUUUUUUCAAAGGGUUCCCAAGAUAAUCCUAAGGAAAGGACCGAUCUGAACAUGGUACUAGCAACUCCUCGUCGAAAACGUAAGGCCCCAGAAAACACAACCAGGUUAAUACACACUAGGAAUUUCACCAAACAACUCAGGACCAAAAAAGAGUUGGCUAAGAAUAGGCAAUCUGAUGAAUUCACAAAGGGAACUAUGUGUGUUCCCAUGCUCACCAGAGCAAAAGCAAGGGAAUUAUCUGAUGUGCUGCUAGGAAACAAUUCUAAUUUACCAGAAGAUGUCUCAGGUAAUAGACUGAACUUGUUACUCAGCAAGAGAAUUGAAGAGUAUGAUGAACAUACCCUCUCAGUUGAACACCCAGGUAAUUCAGAAGAAUCUUCUGAAAUCCCUUUGACCAAACCUGAUGAAUAUAUCACUCAUAAUGGUACUGCUCAUCUAAGUACUAGAUCAAAUUCAUGUUUGAGUUUUAAACCACUGCAAACCAUCAAACAAACAUCCCCUUUUAUUUUCACUACUAAUACAAAGGAAAGAAUGGACACAUCAAAAAUAUUGACUUGUCAGCCUCAGCCAGCAGGGGUAACUGAAUUUAUAGAGCAUGUUGAUAAGGUUAGUGGGAAUUAUUAACAUAUGAAAAUAUUGUUGUUUCAAAUAGUUUCUUAUUUUUCCUGUGGAUUAUCAAUGCAUCAAAGCACUAUUAUUGGUUUUUAGGUUAAAGAGGAACUGGUAGAUCACUAUGAAAAUGAAAUUAAUAUUACCAGAGAUCAAAAUAUUGAAGAGUUCAAAGAGGAGUUGGUAGACCUAUAUGAGAAUGAAAUAGAUGAAAGUAGGGAUGAAGAAAUUGAAAAAUUUGAAAAGGAAUUGGUAGAUUUGGACAAUAGGAUUGAAGUAGAUAAAAUGAGAGAUGGAGAAAUUGAAGUAUUCAAAGAGGAGUUAGUAGAUCUGAACUGUGAGAAUGAUAUAGAUGAAAUUAAAGAUGAAGAAAUUGAUAAAUUCAAAACGGAAUUGGUAGAUCUAGACAAUAGGAAUGAAGUGGAUAAAAUAAGAGGUGAAGAAAUUGAAGGAUUCAAAGAGGAAUCAUUAGACCUAGACUAUGAGAAUGAAAUAGUCCAAAUUAAAGAUGAAGAAAUUGAUAAUUUUAAAAAGGAAUUGCUAGAUCUAGACAAUAGCAAUAAGGGAGAUAAAACAAGAGAUGAAGAAAUUGAAGAUUUCAAAGAGGAAUCAGUAGACCUACACUAUGAGAAUAAAAUAGAUGAAAUAAAAGAUGAAGAAAAUGAAAUGGGAGAUGAAGAAAUUGAAGAAUUCAAAGAGGAACUGGUAGAUCUAGACUAUGGCAAUGAAGUAGAUGAAAUCAAAGUUGAAGAAAUUGAUAAAUUCAGAAAGGAAUCAUUGCUAGAUCUAGACAAUAGGAAUGAAGGAAAUGAAAUGAGAGGUGAAGAAAUUGAAGAAUUCAAAGAGGAAUUAGUAGAUCUAGACUGUGAGAAUAAGAUAGCUGAAAUUAAAGAUGAAGAUUUUCACAAUUUUAAAUAUGAAGAAAUUGAAAUAUUCAAAAUGGAAUUAGUAGAUCUAGACAAUAGGAAUGAAGUAGAUAAAAUGGGAGAUGAAGAAAUUGAACAAUUCAAAAAGAGAUUAAUAGAUCUAGACAAUAAGAAUGAAAUAGAUGAAAUGAGAGAUGAACUGAUUGAAGAAUUUGAUGAGAAAUUGGUAGAUCUAGAUGAUGAGAAUAAUAUAAAUAGAAUGAAAGAUAAAGAAAUGGAAGAUGUUGAAGAACUUGAAAGAGAAUUGGAGAAUUCAGAGAAUCAGAAUGACAUAGAUAAAAUCAGGCAAGAAAAUGUUGAACAUUUUGAAAAGGGAUUGACAGAUCUACAUGUUCAUAAUGAAAUUCAUAAAAUGACUGAGGAUGGUGAAGAAUUCAAAAAGGAAUUAUUAGAUCUAGGUUAUGAGAAUAAAAUAGAAACAAUUGGAGACAUUCAACAUGCUGAAGUAUUUCAGAAGAAACUGGUAGAUCAAGACUUUGAGAAAGAGGAAGUAUCUGAAGAAGUCUUCAAAGAUCGGGCAUUCAUAGAGUAUAAAAUUGAAAUAGAAGAAACAAAAGUUGAAAGGGAACUGGAACAUGUAGGCUCUAAAAAUGGUCCAGAAGAUUUAUCUGCUUCAACAAAGAUGGGCAAUAUUGGAGUAAGCACACCAAAAUUGGUGGAAAAUGAGGAAGAAAAAAAUUGGAUUGAGUUGAAGCAUAUACCGAUUUUGAUACAGCAAAUGACUCAACAUGUUCAGAUAUUGGCUCAAAAUUUUAUAUUGACUUAUAAUCACCCUGAAUUGCAUCAUUCUUCUGCCCAAAUAAAGGAAUAUCUGUUGAAUAUAAAAUUUCUUCGUGAUGGAAAAGAAAGAUCAUGUUUUCAUACUGUAAAUUUGUCAGCAGCUUUAGAACUUGUAGACUAUUGGGAAAAGUUACUGGCUACUAAUAAUGAUGAUGUGAAAAAAAUGAAAUUGCACAUUGAAGAAACUAUAGCUAAAUGCAUUCAUUAUCACCAAAGUGGAACUGUCUUCAUAGUUCCAUUUCCAGCCUUAAUUUUGGAAACAAUUUCCAACAGUAGUGCUAUUGUGUAUCCUUCACUAUUACCAAAAAUACCAUUUAAGACACCAAAAGUAGCCUACAGAGUAAACAACGUCGUCUACACAAAAUCGGAAGAUCAUCUAAUUUCUUUGGGAUUAGAACAGUUCAUGCCGGUAGGGCUGGUUACUCAAAAAGAGAAACGUUACUGUAAACCACGUGGUCUUAUUAGUGUGUGCGACCUCAUACAAGCGCACAUGAUGACGUACAGGGAGUCUGUCAGUAUCCGCAACCACAUCAAUGUUAUGAAGCACAAGAAACAUAGCAGCAAUCCUAUCAAAUAUUAUUUCGAAUUCGGCAAAGCUCCACCCUAUGUACAUCAUCUAAUACCUCUAGGGCCAUCAUUGCCUCCUUGUGAAAGAUCUCCUGAAGAUUUGCCUUAUCAGUGGAGAGAAUAUCUCAAUUCUCAAAAGGAAAAUCAAGAAAAGGAUUCCAGCUCCUGUAAUGUUAUUUUGGUAGUAGGUACACUGAUUAGUUGAUGGGCAUUUCCAGCUGAUUUGGAUUACUGGAAUAGUUAUCAGACCAGAGCCAGAGUGUUCAAGUACCUAAUGAAAGAAAUACUGAGGCUCCAAUACAAAAACACCAUAUUUUUGGGGUGCAGGUUUGGCUGCUACAGCUUCAAGUUUGACAAAUGAGGGCUAACAUGUUCAUUCUCACCAGUUGGCGCUACUCAAUGAACUCAAUAUAAACAACACACUACUAGAACAUGAGGUCAAUGUCAAAGUCAAGAAUCACAACAUUUUGUGGGAUAGCCCUAGACGCUAUGGCAUGUUUUAAUGAAAAUAUUGUAAAGAAAGUAGAAUAUUAUUUGAACAAAUAUAUAGAAAACCUCAAGUUUUAAGUUAUCAAUAAAAGACAUGAACCGUCUUAUGGAAGAUAUCAUAGAAAAAGGAAAAGAAGUAUAUUUAUCAUUGCUCUACCGAAGUACCCUGACCUCAUGUUUCGAUGGCGUGGUUUGGUGGACAAUAAAUAAUGUUACCCGUCUUGAUUGAAAAAUCCUCGGAUAGUUUUGACACUUGACCGAAUAGAACUACGAAGGUAUUAAGUUAUUUGGAAGUGAAUGAAAUUCGAAUUGUAGGUGUAGGUCAAUAGGUGCUUUUUGUAUUUCAUCGUUCUUUUUGUAUCAUACCUGUUGAAAAAUUACCUUUUUCGAAAUGUAAAUAAAUUAUUGUACAGCACUGUGUGGAACAACGCUUCU